ACGCAGUCACUUGCGUAUCCAAUCGGAUCAAUCCCCCCUCUUUCAGACCCACAUCCUCAGCCGCCGCCCAAGAGAACAAAAGUAAAAUGGCGAGCUCAUCUCCGCCAACCGAUGAUUUCUCUGUUCUAGUGCUGGCAUCGGAUUUGGGUAUUGAUGCCACGCCGUUUUUGACGAACCGAGAAAGAGAUAUCAAAGAGGAAGACGACCAAGGACCUGAAGACUGGCAUGAUUGCUCCCAGGAUCUCUUGUCCGAUGAAGAUUUCUCCGAUCUAGAUCUCUUACAAUUCUUUCGCCUCGAGGGCUCUGAUAAAUGCGGAAACCGCAUAUUUCGCAUCGUCGGCAAGUACUUUCCCGCUCAAGUUGUUAGUGGGGAGCGACUGAAGAAGUACAUUAUCCACAAAAUAUGCAGUGAGUUGCCUGAAGGACCAUUCUGCAUUGUAUACAUGCAUAGUACUGUGCAAAAGGAGGAAAACUCCCCUGGUGCAACUAUCUUGAGGUGGAUAUAUGAAGAACUUCCUGCCAAUUACAAGGACAGGCUUCAAGUUGUAUAUUUCAUACACCCUGGGCUCCGCUCAAGGCUUGUAAUCGCCACUGUUGGUAGAUUCUUCUUAAGUGGAGGCUUAUAUUGGAAGAUCAAAUAUGUGAACCGCCUUCAGUACUUAUGGGAUGACAUAAAGAAGGGGGAGAUUGAGAUCCCUGAAUUUGUUAAGAAUCAUGAUGAUAUUCUUGAGAAAAGGCCAUUAACAGAUUAUGGCAUUGAACCUGACCCUUUUCACUUAAAUGAGGCGCCCAGCACAGCCUACUCGUUCGGGAGGUUUGAACAGAGGUGGGCAUCAAGGGAAUAUGCAACUUAGUUUCACUUUCACAUAGGUUGGCUGGUGCCUGCUAUUUGUAUUUGGUAAUGUACCAAGUUGUCAUGGGGGUUAAAGCUAUUACAUAAGCAACAAUAUUGUACAUAAUAUGCUUAGUGUUUUGCCUAGCUUUCCAUGUGUCAUCUGAAACUUAAUGUGUAAUAGAUUUUAUAUAUUCUUGAAAACAGCAUUUUGCAGUA